AUGUCUGCAGUUGCCAGUCACGUUGUCCCACCCAAAUCCAAGCUGGACUCGAUCCUGAGCUCUGGACUCGAGCACAACAUCGACCAUGAUCCUCUUGAGUUCUGGGACAAGGGUGUCUUUCUUAAUGAGCUUCUCAAGCAAGGUAUUGCACUCAGCACUAAUGAAAACGGAACUCUUGACGGAGAACUUGUUGCGGACGAAGGUCUCAAGAAGGGAUCCUACAAGGGUACCAGACUGGCUUUGACUGAGAUCUACAGCAUUCUGGAAGAUGCUGCUGUGUCCCAUUUCGACAAGUGCGGCUAUGAGCCAAUCUUUCCUGUCAAAAGGGAGCUUGACUUGAAGAAACGCAUCUAUCAAUGGAGUGACGGAACUGACGGCUAUCCUCCUCACUUGAAAGUUGAUGGUAAUGAUGAAGCGAACCUCCCUGCAGACGAGCGACAAAGCAAGCCGGGCUCCGCUAGAUCGGAGGGAGUUGGACAGAUCUUUGACAUGCAAGAAACGGCCUUUGUAGCCAAGAUUGCACAGGCAGUUUCUUUCAUUAUCCCCAAGGAUAUCGACCACGAGAAUACUCCCUACAAGGGGCCUACUCUCGCCGACGUUGAGAAGUUCAACAAGGCUCAGUUCCCAAAGACUGAUGGCGACGCCUCCAACCAGGAUAACCUCAACAAGGCCGCGGAUAUUAUGAAGGGCCGUAAUAUCGGCGAGUAUGACGACUGGUACUCGGACGCCCGGUUCGCCCAGCAGCACUUCAGCGGUGUCAACCCUAGCACAAUCGAGACUGCUCCCCAGGAGAAGAUCAAGGCUUAUAUCAGCGAAGCCCAAAAGCAAGGUCUCGACAAAGUCAAGGCAAUUCUCGAGGGUGGAAAGGACAUCCUUAUCCAAGACUAUUCCUACUUCAGAGAAGCUACCGGUCUUUCCAAUGAACAGACUUUCCAGAACACGGUGUAUGAACUCAAAGGCACAACACCAACUGGAAAGACUACUAGUCGAUACGCUGCCGCCUCUGUCGUUGUCUUCCAGCUUCACGAGGAUGGACGACUUCACCCAUUGGCUAUUACACUCGACUACAAAGGUUCACUGGACAGCUCCAUCACCAUCUUCAACCGAAGACUCUCGCCAGAUGACACAGGUGAUAUUGUUGAGAAGGAUGACUGGCCUUGGAGGUACGCCAAGACUGUUGCCCAAACAGCUGACUGGGCGAGACACGAGGUUGCCACUCAUCUUGUUGAUACGCACAUGAUCGAGGAAGCCAUCAUCGUCGCAACAAACCGAACUAUCCCUGAAGGUGAACUCUUGUACGAGAUUCUCAGCCCCCAUUGGUUUAGAACCCUUUCAUUGAACGCCGCCGCACGCAAGCUCCUGGUCCCAGGUGUCAUUGCGAGAAUCGCUGGCUUUGGACCCACAAGCCCUUCUCUCGACUUCAAGGGUAACAAUGCCUUUAAGUUGAUUGACUGGUCAUACAAGAACUUCAACUUUCAGGACAAGUACAUCCCCAACGAUCUCAAGAAGCGUGGCUUCGACAUCAAGGGAGACAAGAGUGGCAAGUACAAGAACUACCCCUACGCCAACGAUAUGUACCUACUUUGGGGCAUCAUCCGCAACUUUGUCAAGACCGUCAUUGAGUCUCAGUACACAUCGGAUCAUGUCGUUCAGAAGGAUCCUUACAUUGGCAACUGGUGCAAGGAAAUUCAAACCAAUGGCCAGAUUCCAACCUUCCCAACCAUCACCACUGUCGAACAGCUCAUCGACGCAGUCACCAUGUGCAUCCACACAGCUUCACCACAGCACACUGCUGUCAAUUAUCUUCAGGACUAUUACUACAGCUUCGUCCCAGCCAAGCCACCUGCUCUCUGCACACCCCUGCCCAAGGACCUCAGCGCUCUGCAAGGCUACACGGAGAAGGAUCUCACUGCCGCUCUGCCUAUUGGUACCGAAGAUAUGAAGUGGAAGGACUGGCUUCUAGCUGCGCAGUUGCCAGAGCUACUCAGCUACAAGGUCCAGCAAGACUACAACCUGAUUACCUACGCCAAGUCGCUGUACAAUGUUAACAAGAACCGUACUAUCACUGAAAACACAAAGUUCAACUGCAAGACUAUCAAGAAGGCUGCUGCCGAUUUCUACAGUCAUCUCAAGAGCGCUGGAGUGGAGUUUGAGAACUAUUCCAAGGGACAGACUGCAGGCACUGUUGAGUAUCCUGUUCUACAGCCAGAGACCACUGCCAUCUCAAUCUUGAUCUAG